GGACAUUUUGCUGUUACCAUAAAUGAUUCUAUUCAUUCAGCCGUAGUGCGUGAGAGAUCGUGAUAUCAACCUUGGGCAGCAGAAGGUCGGUUGAAAAUAUUCGAAAGGCUACAGAUAGCAAUAAGUAUUCAGUGAAUUGUGCUAUUGAAUGAUUUAGUGAUCACUCUUUUGUUAGCGAAUUUAAUUGUGUCAAUUGAAUCGCGACAAAGCUCAUCACAGCCGUGAGCGUUUGCCCAUCCUCCUGGUGGUAUUGGUGCUACAGACUGGGGCCCAUAUCCGAGCGGUAUUAUAUCUCUCGCUGGCGAACAAACUAGAUAGUUCAUCUGCACACAAAUUCAGCACGUCUUGGAGUGUUGUGCAACCAGUGAGAAUUUACACUUUAGUGUGAUCUGAACCUAAUGAAACAGUACUAGAAAAAGGGCAUAUCAAUCAAUUGGAGAAGAAAAUGAAUCAUUUGCAAAUAUCCACCGAUCCGACGCUGUUGAGUGCCGAUCUGCCGGAGUCCCUGACAACAUCGCCCUCGGUGUCAACGUUUCUGCCAGAGGAAGACGCAUCUACAUGUUUACUACUACCGGGAACUCCCAGUCCGCCAUUGGAUUUUACCCACCCACUAACACCGAUGGAUAUUGGAAGUAAUAACAACUGCGACAUCGUGGCUGGGGAUGAUCCGGCGGCGGAAACUAGCUCUUCCGGUAGUUCUGGAAUUGGAAUGGUCGGUGGAUGUACAACAGGAGCCGGAAAUAUAUUCGGAGAUUAUCAGCAUCUGCGUAAGACGAGUGAAGGGAAGAUUCAGGAGAACGGCAUGUAUCUAACGGGAACGUUGAAAAUACCAAUUACUAAAGGGAUGCCGAGCUUUGUAUACUGGAACUGGCCGCUAAUUCGCAAGUGUACCUUUUUUGUGUUCCUCUCCGGAAUCAUAGCCAUGGUUGGUAUUGUGGUGAUGAUGAUAGCAACCCUGCCAAAAUCGUGUAAUCCACCUGUUGCUUGGUACAAAGGUUCCGUAUUCUAUGAAGUCUUCCCUGCCAGCUUUCAGGAUACCAACGACGAUGGACUGGGUGACAUUCGAGGCUUAAUUAGUCGAGCCGAGUAUUUCAAAAGUCUGGGAAUUGCGGCCGUCCGUCUGAACUCGAUUUUUCCUUCGAAGCACUAUCCGGAUCACUUCCAGGAUGUUACAUCGCUGACGGCGGUGGAUGAGGUACUUGGAACGAUCGAAGACCUGCAAAAAUUUGCUGCCGUACUACACGAGAGAAACAUUUCCCUAAUCUUGGACUUACCGAUCUAUCCGUUUGUGAACCAUCUGAACCCUACGACGAUUGACGUAGAUCGUUUGCCCAAUAAAACCGAUGAUAUUCCGACCAGUGAAUACCUUCGCUUGGCCCGAUCGCUACUGCCUGAUCAGGAAAACGUUGUCACUAGCGUCAUUCGGUUCUGGUUGGCAAAAGGCGGUGUUGAUGGUUUCUACAUCAAAGGGCUGGAACAUUUUCACGCUGAUCCAUUGCUAUUGGAAAAUAUUAAGGAAUGGAAGUACACCUUGGGAGGGGAUAGAGCUUUGAUUGUGAGCAAACAAUUUAUUGAGCAAGUGCCUGACUCGAUUGUAGCCAACGUUCUCAACCAAGUGGAUUUGAUAGAUGUGCUGUUGGAUGUUACGAAUGGAACAGAAACAAUUGCUUACUCGGUUAACAAUGCAAUCGGUGAAAAACUUCGAAAGGGCGUUGAGCAUCCGUGGAUUCAUUGGAGUAUGGGAGGUGUUACCGAACGACGACUGUCUGCUGGUUUGAGUCCAAAUGCAACAUUAGCCGCGACAUUGAUGCAACUUUUAUUGCCUGGAACAGUAAGUAUUUUCUAUGGUGAUGAGAUUUCUCUUGAGGAAGCUCACGACCCAAGCGGUGAGCAUAUCGAAACACAGCAUCUGCAUCAUCUUGCUGCUAUGGCAUGGAGUGGAAGUCAGUUUACGGGACGUGGAACAUUACCGUGGCUACCGAAAAGUGCUUCUGCUUCUUAUCAUCAUUUGGACAUUGUGCUGGAAAUGAUUGCCUUGAGGAAGCGAUCUACUUCGAUUUAUCUGAAUGCUGUAAACAAGGAAGGACAAGAGCUAUCCAAUACCGACAUAAAGUCAAGUCAAAAUGACAUAAUCGUGAUUGAAAGGUGGUAUCCUCGCAGAAGUUCUAUCGCUUCUAUCACCAAUCUCGGAUCGAAAAACAUCUCUCUUGAUUUGACCGCGAUGUUUUAUAGCGGAGAGAUAGUUGCUGGAUCAUCACCUAAAAGGGAGCGAGUUUACUUUGAACGCUUCGCCGUGAACGCAUUGGAAACUAUUGUUGUGAGAUUACACAAGUGAAACACAGAACCAGUUGUGUUAAUUUUUAAUUUAGUUUUGAUUUUAUUCUCUGGAUUUUUUCUUAUAAAGAAGAAAAUUCAAAUAAAAACUAACCUAUAUGUAGCUUUACACCCUAGAUUGUUCUGUACAUAUGUCAACCUUAGCUGUGUUGUAUAGAGCAGAGAGAAUGUUAAUAAAAAUCUGUUAAAAAUAUCCAUAGGAAAAACAUAA